CAGGACCGCUGGGUCGAACUGAAUCGAUCCGAUUCACUGUCUAACCAGUAUUCUAUAUUCUGCUUUGGUAUUUAAAAGUUUUUCUAUUCGUAAGAAAACCAAAACCGCGGACAGUUUAAAAUUCUUUUGAUAUUUAUGUAUUGACACAGGAAAUUCGAAAAUAUAUCAGUGAAAACGUAUCAUUAGGAUUUUUCACCAUUCCCUUGUUGUUGGAUCCUGUGGUCUAGACCAAGUUUGGGUUUAUUUGGACGAGGUUUCUUUUCCUGUUCUUUACCCUCGGAGAAGUUCCCAUUGCAGCCAUGCCGGAGAAAAUGUGGAACACCCAGUAUAUGGAAGAUUUCAACAAAAAGCGGACACGAACCAAAACUAAAAGUACCCCGUCAGAAACUCUACGAAUCAGCUACACCCAUCCCAAGAAGAGCAUUUCGGACACACGUCGACCAAAGUCAUCAGUGACGAACUCGUGGUACAUAAAGAAAGCCCAGAAGAACCAAGAGGAGCGGGCGCGGUCUUGUGAUGUGGACAGCCCCUUCAUCGACAGCUUCAGUAACAUGUUUAACGAGGGACACGCCCCCCUCAGUCCCUACAGUGGUACGGUAUUUGAGAACUAUGUUAACAGUAACCUACAGACGCCGUACCCCAGCCGCCAACACACACCGGCCCCACCCACAGAUCUACAAAACUCCGGGGGUGACAAGAUCUUUUUAGACAAUAGGGAAAUAUCAAAACAGUACCUGAUAGAGUUAUACGAAGCAGCCAUGGCCAAAAAGAGAGAAGAGGAGGAAAAGAUUGAAGAAGAAAAGACAGAAGAGGAGAAAAAAGAAGAAGAUGAUGGCGGAGAGGGUAAUAAAGAGGUUGAUAGAGGACCGGUAGUAGAACAGCGACCGAAGACACCGGCUCAAGAGCUUCACUGGAUCUGUUGGCCCGAACCAGAGGAGCCUAAGGACCUACCCAAGAGACCCAACACUGUACUGGGCAUUCGCGCAUCGGACGGCAAAGACGGCUGCGACCCCUGUUUGUUACAGGAAUCAAAUCGAGGAGCCCCUUUGACUUUUGUGCCAGAACUACAUUCGUGGGUGAACGCCACCACAGAAUACGACAGAGAAGCGGUUGCUAAGAUAAUGGCCAUGUCUGGAUCACUCGCCCCUCCACUGCCCGCAGAGGCCCUCAGACCACAGCGACAAGCCACUUUCACUUUUGGCAGUAAUCGCAGAAACAUGUACAGAACGGCGCCCGACCCCCGGGGUUUUUACGCUCAGUCCUGGAUGCCCUACUACGAGGAUAGGAACGCUUCAGAGGACAGACGCAUCAGAGAAAUGGACAGACGUCUGGCUGUAAGUGAUUCAUUACCCCAAUUACCAGUGUUACAGCGUAGUAAUACAUUCACAGAUAUGCGCCCAAUGCAGAGACGUACGAUACGAUACCCCAAAUCGGAGGAGUAUGUUCAUGACCAUAGUAUGUUUAUGACUACACAGCCCUUGAUAAGAGGACACUUCAUCAUCCACCCAGACUGGGUGUCGGAGCGCUUGACGAAGAAGAGGAUGAACCUAGCCAAUAGGAAAGUCAGGAACGGCCUCAGAUACGGGACCUCCGAGGAAUACUAGAAACAUUCAGACUCUUAGAGCAGUUUUAGUUAUUUAUUAUUGUUAGAGUUAAACAAAUUUUAUCGGAUUUUAUGCACCUUUACAAUCUGACUCUGUAAAUCAUGACAGCUAAAGCUACUGGAACCGCUUGCAUCAUCUGACCGGAAGUCUCCGUGUUACCAUGUUAAUUGCUGUGACGUCCCCAUUUCUUUGACCGACAUUCCUUUCGAACUCUAAGGAGAUGUGACCGUUUCCUUGGAGAAUGUGUCGUUUUCUUGUUUUCAUAGCAUCUUAUCUAAGGUGCUGGUGUUAUUUAAUCUAGUCUCUGGUGUGUUUUAUUGAGUGAAGUAGAAUACUCGCUUCCCCUCCGUCACCCCACUGUGAUAUUUAUGACACUUGUAAGUGUGCACCCUAUUACUGCUACUUCUGUCUGUCUGUCUGUAUCUUAAUCAGUUGAUAAGGUAUAUCUUUUUUUAAUCUUGUUGAUUAACAAUGGCUAAGGUUUUCUUGACAAUAUUACAAUGUAUUAAGAAACUAGUAUGAAUAUAUUGAUUGCACAAGUUUAGCGUUUAUUCAAUUAAUUUAAAAUGUCCACGAAUCAGUGUAAUUGUUGUUUAAGCCUCUUUUCUUGUAUUCUUGUAUUGUUCUAACUUUGGUUUGAUCACGUGGUGUAUGAACCACGUGACUCGUUUACCUAUAUCAGUAUUACUUUUGUAAUUAGACGUGUGUUGGUCGCGGUAGAUCUCACGUUAGCUGUGUUUUACAUUUCUCAAAUGCAAAAUAAAUCAAUAAAAUACGUCAAUAUUUACCUAUAAA